AUGUUGAUCAUCGUAUUGAUAGUGCUCUUUUCUCUGUACACCCCAACACAGGCUCAUUCUUGGGUGGAACAACUCACACUUAUUGCUCCAAAUGGAACAUUUGUCGGUCCUCCAGGAUACGCGCGAGGGAACUACCUGCGCACAACUAAGGGCUUUAACGACCAUACGAUGGACUACUUGAUUCCUCCCCUUUCCGACAGAAACCCGACUCGGAUUCUGCCAACCGACAAAAUGUGCAAGGACACCCAACAGGAUCAGAUUCAGUCAGAUGGAAGCCCUCGACUUAAAGCCAGUGCCGGGGCGGCGGUUGCCCUUCGCUACCUGGAGAACGGCCAUGUGACAAAACCCGAGGUCCAGCCAGGAAAACCCGCGAAUCGGGGGACCGUUUAUGUAUAUGGCACUACACAACCCAAGAUAGGCGAGAAAUUCCUUGAUGUCCAUGGAGCCUGGACCCAAGAUGGCACUGGAGGUGAUGGGCGUGGGGUGCUCCUGUCAGUGCAGAACUUCGACGACGGCCGUUGCUACGAAGCCAAUGACUCGCCAAUCUCUCAGAAUCGACAAGCGAAGUAUACUCACACAGCGACCCCGCUGAUGGGAGCAAACCUCUGGUGUCAGCAGGAUAUUCAACUGCCUUCCGAUGCUCCCAGUGGGAAACCCUACACACUCUAUUGGGUGUGGGACUGGCCUACCGCUGCUGGUGUUGAUCUCGGCUUACCCAAUGGAAAGGCCGAGAUCUACACAACUUGUAUGGAUGUGGAUGUGGUGAGCCCGGUUGGCAAGCAGGCAAUGAAGAUCGAAUAUGCGAGUGACCAAGAUCUCAACAAUGCUGCGAUCCCUUCGCAGUUCAAUGCACUUGGCCGUCCGGUAUCCUCUCCGCGGACCACUUUUGCCACAUCGUUAGCUGCGACGGCGGUUCCGGUAUCCUCUCAGCCGACCACUUCUACCAUAUCGUUAGCUGCGACAAUGAUUCCGAUAUCCUCUGAGCCUAGCACUUUUACCACAUCGUUGGCUACGACAGGAGUUGAACCUAUAACAGUCACAGAGACAGAUUGGGUGACCAGCACAAGCUAUGUAUUUAUGGCAAGGAGUCAACCCACUCAAAACUGA